AAGAUUGCUUCGUUAAUGUUGGCGUCAUCAUUAAACAGUUCUUCCGUUGACUAAGGCAAGAGCAUUUGGACUUCGGUAGUUUUUUUAUUCGUUAAAGGCAUCUUUUACAAGCACGGUGUUACUGUGCACUAAAUUGAUGAUUCGAUAGUGCAAGAUUAAGUGAUAGUGCAAUAAGAGAAUCAAUUAUUGUGAAAAAUGUCAACGAAAGCAAGUAAGAAGACCACGGCGACGUCGAGUAGCAACGUGCAGUCGCCACAAUUCACGUCAACACCGAUUGGACAACGACCAGGAAGUCCUUUGAGUCCAACUCGUUAUUCACGUCUCCAAGAAAAACAAGAUUUACAAAAUCUCAAUGACCGAUUGGCUUGCUAUAUUGACAAAGUACGGCAUUUGGAAUCCGAGAAUUCCAGACUUACGCGGGAGGUACAGACAACCCAGGAGACUAUCACCCGCGAAGUAUCCAACAUCAAGUCUAUGUACGAACAUGAAUUAUCCGACGCAAGAAAAUUAUUGGAUGACACUGCAAAAGAACGAGCAAAACUUGAGAUAGAUACUAAACGAUUAUGGGAUAACAAUGAGGAACUUAAAUCCAAAUUAGAUAAAAAAUUAGUGGAUUUACAAGUAGCUGAGAGAAACUUGUUAUUAUAUGAAACACGUUACAAUGAUCUGCAAUCACAAUUUAAUCAGUCUCAAGCAGAGCGUAAGAAAUUAGCUGAAAGAGAACGAGAAUUAGAACAGGAAGUAGAAAAAUUAAAAGCAUUAUUAGAAGAUGCUCGUAAACAUCUAGGAGAAGAAACAUUACAACGUAUUGUUCUUGAAAAUAAUAUUCAAAGUUUAAAAGAAGAUAUUAGUUUUAAAGAUCAAAUAUAUCAACAAGAACUAACAGAAUCACGUACAAAAAGACAGAUUGAAAUUUCUGAGAUAGAUGGUCGUCUUGCUGAAAAAUAUGAAGCUAAAUUGCAACAAUCUUUGCAAGAAUUGCGAGAUCAAUAUGAAGCACAAAUGCGAGCUAAUAGAGAAGAAAUUGAAUUAUUAUAUGAAAAUAAGAUUAAAAAUUUGACAGCUCAUGCUCAACGUAAUAGUGGAGCAGCAAGUUUAGCUGUUGAAGAGUUAAGACAAACAAGAACAAGAAUUGAUACACUUAAUCAAAAAAUUAAUGAACUAGAAGCAGCAAAUAAUGCUCUCACUGCACGAAUAAGAGAUUUAGAAAAUCUACGUGAAAAUGAGAAAGCUCGUCACGCAGAAAGUGUAGCAUCUCUAGAAGAAGAAUUAGCGCGUAUUCGUGAUGAAAUGGCUCAACAAUUAAAAGAAUAUCAAGAUCUUAUGGAUAUUAAAAUUGGUCUUGAUUUGGAAAUUGCAGCAUAUCGAAAACUUUUAGAAUCUGAAGAAUCCAGAUUAAAUAUUAAUCCAGUGCAAUCAAGUUCAACAGCAUCUAGUGGUAGAACUACACCUUCAAGACAUACUCCAUUAAGAGGUGGAAAACGAAAACGUACUUUAUUAGAGGAAAGUGAAGAACGUACUAGUACUGAUUAUAGUGUAUCUGGAACAUCUAGAGGAGAUAUAGAAAUUACAGAAGCUGAUCCUCAAGGACGAUUUGUAAAACUAACAAACAAAGGCAACAAGGAAAUGGGACUUAGUGGUUGGCAAAUUAUUCGUAAGGCUGGUUCUCUUGAAACAGUAUUUAAAUUUCAUCGAACUGCAAAAUUAGAAGCAGGAGCUACUGUAAUGGUAUGGUCAGCUGAUAUUGGUGCUUCACAUGAACCACCAUCAAAUAUUGUCAUGAAAGGUCAAAAAUGGUUUACAGCAGAUAUUAUGACGACUAUACUUCUUAAUAAUGAAGGCGAAGAAAUGGCCAGUUCAGAAUGUAAAAGGCAACAAUUAUCUACUUCUCUAUCUCGACAUAGGGAAAAUUUGGGGUUUCGACCUUCUGAAGAAUUACAUCAUCAACAGGGUGAUCCUCAAGGAGAGGAAUUUUGUCGCCUUAUGUGAAAAUAAGUUUAUAAAAUAAUCUUAAGAAUUCUAACAGCACAUUUUAAAAAAAAUACUUGAAAAGAUACAGAAAAGCACUUGAUCUUAUUUAGAAGACAAGUCUCUAAGAUUUUCAUUAAUAUAAAGAAUUCAUAUAAUGUCUUGAAUGAUAUAUUUUGCUUAAAAAAAUAAUAAAGAAGAGAUUAAAAACAGAAUACACAACACCAUAUUAGUACUUUAUAUUUAUAGAAAUAUGUACAACAUAUGAGAAAAUAUUCUGUAAUAUAAUGUUUAAAUCAAAUUUAACGAAACGUUUCAUGAUUAUUGAAACGAUUAUUGCAUUUAUAUAUUUGCACUUCAUAUAAAACUUAUUUGUCCAUUAUAUCAGAGUUACUAGUUCAUUGAAUAAGAAGCACGAGUAAUUUUGUCAGCGAGAUCGAACUAUUUUUGGCGUACCAUUUAUUUUUACCUAGUCGUUAUCGUGCCUUUUUAAAUAUAAAAGAAAGAGAUCUUUUUUUCUUAGUAGAUAAUAUUUAUUUUUAAGUACAAACCGGAUGCAAUAAGAGCGUGGUGCCCACAAUAUAUAACGUUCAAAAACAUUUAUUUGACAGGAAAAUAUUUUCUGAUAUGUACUAUAUAUAUAUAUAUAUUAUAAGUUUUUUUUUAUUAAUGAAUGAGAUAUCGGAAUAAAUGAAAUUCUAUGUUUAAUACAAAAAGUAUCACCUCUGUCAUCCGGAACGUAAUUUUGUUAAUUGUAUUCGACUUUAUAUCAUUUAUACUAAUAAUAAAAGUCUAUAAUUAACCAUA